AUGCCUGAUUUCAGAGUAGCCGGCUGCGCAGCUGCAGGACCUGCUAGUGGGGUGCGGGGGUGUGCACCGCUAAUCUUUGCCUUGGAUGCUUUUCCCAGGGGUGUCAUACCUGGAAAGGCUUCGUCGCUGGUUGCCAACGAAGGAAUUUGCGUUGAGAGGACGACAGGUGAAGCCGUGCCUGCUGACGAGCUGAGCUGUUGCGUCCCCGGUGCGGGAGUAAGAGGUGGAAUCGUAUCUAGACUUUCUGAGUCAUCACCCAGCGCGUCUCGCGAAGUUGCCGACGCAAGGUAUCCGAUUGAGGAGGCAAGCGACUAUGUGGAGGACGGGGAGCACCAGGAAGAAGGAAAGGGGAUUCAGGACCCAAAGAAAGACAGCUCCAACGGGCGCAGCCACCUCCAGACGCCUGAUGCUGUAGGCUGCCACAACCAGACUCAUAUGAAGGCCUAG